UCUGGGGUCGGCUAAAGAUGGCGGCCGCCGCAAGGGGUUGGAGCGACUUACUCAGGUUUUUUUAUUCAUUAUUCUUCCCUGGGCUAAUCGUAUGUGGAACUUUAUGCUUGUGUUUGAUCUUUGCACUUUGGAGAGUCAGAGUCGCGCUACAGAGAAAGAAAACCUCAGCACCAACUGGCCAAAAAGUGGUGGUCGCCUUCUUCCAUCCCUACUGCAACGCCGGCGGAGGCGGGGAGAGAGUCCUGUGGUGCGCGCUAAGAGCCCUGCAGAAAAAGUACCCCUCGGCCGUGUAUGUCGUUUACACCGGCGACGUCGGUGUCAGCGGUGAGCAGAUACUGGAGGGCGCCUCCAGAAGGUUCAACAUCAGACUGCGUCUCCCGGUGACGUUCGUCUUCCUGAGGCGACGCCACCUCGUGGAAGACUCCCUGUACCCCCACUUCACGCUGCUGCUCCAGAGCCUGGGGUCUCUGCUGCUGGGCUGGGAGGCGCUGACGCAGUGCGUCCCCGACGUGUACAUCGACUCCAUGGGCUACGCCUUCACGCUGCCCCUGUUCAAGUACGUGGGCGGCUGCCGCGUGGGAAGCUACGUGCACUACCCCACGAUCAGCACGGACAUGCUGUCCGCGGUGAAGAGCCGCAGCGCGGGGUUUAACAACGCGGCCUUCAUCGCCAGGAACCCCGUGCUCAGCGCGGGGAAGCUCCUCUACUACCGCUUCUUCGCCCUCCUGUACGGGCUCGUGGGGUCCUGCAGCGACGUGGUCAUGGUCAACUCCUCCUGGACUCUGCAGCACAUCCUCUCGCUGUGGAAGGUCGGGCACUGCACGAACACCGUUUACCCGCCCUGCGACGUGCGGGCGUUUCUGGACAUCCCCUUGCGGGAGAAGAGGGCGGCCCCGGGGCAUGUACUGGUGUCCGUGGGCCAGUUCAGGCCCGAAAAGAACCACGCUUUGCAGAUCAGAGCCUUUGCUAAAUUGCUGGGCAGGAAGAAGGCCGAGGCCCCCCCUUCGCUUAAGCUCGUCCUCAUCGGAGGCUGCCGCAACCAGGACGACGAGCUCAGGGUGAACCAGCUGAGAAGGCUUUGCGAGGAGCUGGGCGUUCAGGGGGAGGUGGAAUUUAAAAUAAACAUUCCGUUUGAGGAGCUGAAGAACUACCUGGCCGAAGGAACGAUCGGUCUGCACACCAUGUGGAACGAGCAUUUUGGGAUUGGCGUCGUGGAGUGCAUGGCGGCCGGCACCAUCAUCCUCGCGCACAACUCGGGGGGCCCGAAGCUGGACAUCGUCGUCCCUCACGGAGGGGCGGUCACGGGGUUCCUGGCGGAAGGCGAGGACGACUACGCCGAGACCAUGGCGCACAUCCUGUCCAUGUCUGAGAAGGAGAGGCUCCGCAUCCGGGGCAGCGCCCGCGCCUCCGUGGGCAGGUUCUCCGACCAGGAGUUCGACGUGGCGUUCCUGGCGUCCGUGGAGAAGCUGUUUAAGUAACGCCGCGUCUGUGCAAGCUAGAUACAUCAUAUAAUGUGUUAAUGCUUAUUUCUGAAUUCAUUCCAUCUCGUGAUAAAGUCGGCCUGGGCAUAAUGCCCUUGAGACAUAGAGGCAAGGUAUUUAUUUCAAGGACAAAAAGCAAAAUUACCUAAAUGGAAAAGGUAACCUUGUAUGUUUAAGUGUAAAAAUUUUAGAUCCGUGCUUAGUCUCAAAAUCUGAAAAAUAUGUAUUUUAAAGGGAUAAAAAUAGAUACUCUUAAUUUUGGUAGAAUCCAUAUUUUUCAGGUCUCACGUGUCCAACCACUCUUCCCUAGUAACCAGGAAAGAGAAUUUCCUUUUAGGAAAAAGGAAAUGUUGAAAGAAAAAUGGAGGACCGAUCAGUGAUUAGUACUUUAGAGCUGUUCUGACAUUUCUGAAACAUUUCGGAAGAUUCUGGUCCAUCCACAUUUUGAACAGUAUUGUAGAGGACCUCUUUGAGUGCAUCCAGUGAGUUUCUUACAAGGAACAGGGUUCUCUAGGCAGGCCCAAUCGCGUUUCAGUCGAAAGGCGAGCCGACUGCGACUGCUCCGCGGGUGUGCAGGGCAGCAGCCGGAGCCCAAGGUGCUGCCGGGAGCUUCCCCAGAACUGGUGUUCGUUCCAGGCGCCGGGCCCAGGGGUCUGGGCCCCUCAUUGCCCCUGGGCAUUUCCGCCCUGCAGGGGCCGGGAGUCAGCUUUACGACGUCCUUCAGGAGUCUGAGCGAGAGCAUCACCAGUGGCUGUUUUUCUGAUGGCGAGACGACGGGAUGUGCAGACCCAAGUGCACGGCCCCUGGGCGCAGCCUCGCGCAUUCCAAGACCACCAGGGGGCGUUUUGAAGAGGGCGCAGGACGAGCAGUUAGACUGCCGCGGCCUGACCUCGGCUUCGUCUUCACAAACCUCCCAUCUUCUGACGGCAAAGCUGUUCCCUCCUCCUCCUCCUGGGCCUCACCCACAGCCUGGACACGGCGGUGCCCGUGCUCGCUGCCUUUUCAAGUCCUGGUGCCACAUGGCGAGGAGGUGAAGUACUUUGGAGAUGACAGAAGUCCCUUUGAUUGAAGGCGCCUGCUUUCUCUGGCAGGCCCCGGGCCUCUCCUCGGCCUCCAAAGCCAGCAGCACCAGGCCACUCCCUGUCUCCUGCCUUCCCCCCCUUCCAUUGGGCCCACCUGGGCAAUCCAAGCUGAGCCCCCUGUUUGAAGGCCAGCUGAAUUCCAUCUGCAACGUGAGUUCCCCUGUGCGUGUGACAUCACAUGCUCACGUUUGGAGGGGGAGGCACGCUGCUCUUCGUGACACACGUUACCUGAAGAGUGUCUUAAAUUUUAAAGUGAAAGCAAUACUUUCAACGCCCAGAAUUAGUUCUAUUGUCUACAUUUAGAGAGGGAAAGUAGGAAGUCCUUUGGGUUACUGGAAAAGCCUUAGAAUAAACAAGAACUUAGGACCUGUACCCGAACAGACACUGUACGGACAAAAAAGGUCUGUGGGCGAAAAGGGGCCGCACGCGGAACCUGCCCAGUCAGGGGAGGCCUGCACGGCGCCUUACAGACUCCGAGACCUAAAUGGUCUGAGCUCAAACUUUCUAACAAAAAGCGGUCCACGGCAGGUAAUCGCCUCCUAGGCUGGUGUGUUUCCCCUAACGGAGGUCAAUCUUUACCUUAACUGAGCCCGUCGAUUGUGUCGUUGCAUCUACGAUAACAUACCUUUGGGAUGUCAGAUUUCCCCUCUCCAGACCCUCCCAAGCACAGGCACAGAGCCAGGGGGAGACCACACAUCUCACUGAUACUGUUACCGUGUUCAUUAUUGACUGUUAACUCCCCCGUGCCCAUCUGUGUGGAAGUGUCUAUCAUUUUACUUUUUAUCCAAUCCCAGAGGUUCCCCCCAAUGCACCUUGGCUUUCUCCCGCCUCCCUAAUCCACCACCAAUGGAUUUCUUGUAAGCCC